AUCGUUACUGGAGGGGGUGCAGUGCGGCUGUGAGCUAGAGUAAAGGGCUAGGGAGAUGGAGGAGGACUGGGGGUAGUUUUCCCUUACAUGAUUAUUAUCUUAACAGGAAAAAUACUAUUUUCAGAACGACUGCAGAGUCGCAUGUUCCGCUUUUCGUUUCCAGCUUGAAGUUUUAUUACCGGCCCAGAAGGAGGAACAUGAUUUGACUUCCGAUGAUUUCUUUGGUUUGCUUUCUCCUCGUAAAGUAUAUGAGCAAGUGGAAGAAAAAAAAUGUGCUUCUAUUUUCCUAAGGAAAAAAACUGGGCUUUUGGUAUCUGACGGAUAUAUUUGGCCUGUUGAAGGGGCAUAAGGACUCGAAACGUCAACUCUUUUCUUCUCCGCCGAUGCUGCCAGACCAGGUUUUCCAGCUAGAUCACAGCAAUCUAAUAUUCGGGACACACAAUUGAGUACUUGGACCAAAAGGAUCUAAUCAGAGGAAGCCAGCAUGGAUUUGUAAUGGAUUUACAAAACAGGCGUGGUAAACAGGCUGAUUAUGCACUGGUGCACAGUGACCUUCCAAUAUGGAUGAACAAGCCACGAAAGAAAUUAUUCUUCCCUUUUACAUCCAUCGGCUCCUUUUCAUGUUGCUGGUACUGAUGACUGUACUAAUGCUGAUUCUAAACUUGCGUAACAUAAAGUAUGAUAAAUAUUUAGCUUCUGGAUCAGAAUCCAAAUGGAGGAGUUAUCCAACUCCAAAGUCUUAUUCCACAAUGAGGCAGAAAGUAGGAACAAGGAAGCUCCCUUGGACACACAGACUGUUGCAAUGUGGCUACCAGAAUCACAGCUUCACACCUGAAGAAAGGUCAGAGGGGACAUUCCUUAUGAAAAUGAUUGAAUGGCCAAAACCACCCAGCCCUGCUGUGCCCUUUCAGAAAAGCAGUGACCCAGCACAUGUCCGCUUUGUAAUUUUAAAUUCUACAAAGACUUUCUAUGUUGGGGAUCAGUUACAAGUGAUGCUGCAAAUGAUUGAUUUUGAAGGCCACCCAAAGCAAUAUGGGGGUGACUAUCUCCAAGGCUGGAUCCACACUGUAGAUUUAAAAGCUGGUUCAGCAGGAACAGUUGUAGAUAACCAAAAUGGAUUUUACUAUAUAAAUUUUAAUUUAUCUUGGCCAGGGAAAGUUGAAGUGUCUGUUUCCCUCGUUCAUCCCAGUGAAGGGAUCCAAGUGCUUGAAAGGCUACGCAAGGAACGACCAGACAGAGUGUAUUUUAAAAGUGCCUUCAAAUACAGAGGUGCUUCAGAGACCACUGUGUGUAAUCUUUGUUUGCCACAAACUAAACCGCUCUGUAACUUUACUGAUCUCAGGACUGGGGAGCCCUGGUUCUGUUACAAACCAAAGAAGCUUCCCUGCUCUGCUCGUAUCAACCAUUCUAAAGGAGGAUAUGAGAAAGGUAUCUUAACUGGAGAAGAGAUGCGUUAUUUCCAAAGUGAAGUCAAUAUCAAGAGGCCGAUAUUACCCAGUUCUACAAGUUAUAUAACUGUGGAGCCUUUACCUCGGGCAGCCACAGCUCUCGGAGAAUGUGCCCGGGGAAAGCCCAUGCUAUCACCAUCUGGUUUUUAUUAUAAGGACCAAUGGAUGUCAACGACCUGCAAUAAUCGCCGGUUUGACACUCCUGCAAGAAUUACAGACUGUCUUCGCAGAAAAAAUAUUUAUCUAUUUGGAGAUUCUACUGUGCGCCAGUGGUUUGAAUAUUUGACUGAAUUCAUUCCAGGUCUCAAAAUAUUCAAUCUUGGCAAUCCUAAAAAUAUUGGCCCUCACCUUGCUGUGGACUUGGAAAACAACAUCAUGGUAGAAUAUCGACCUCAUGGCCCACCAAUCCGAUUCAACACUGUUUCGAGCCAGGACUUGCACUACGUUGCAAAUGAACUGGAUGAAAUUAAAGGAGGAAAGGAUACCGUUAUAGCCAUCACCUUAUGGUCUCAUUUCAGCACUUUUCCAGUAGAAGUCUAUAUCCGAAGACUACAGAAUAUCCGGAGAUCAAUUCUACAAUUGUUAGGCAGGAAUCCGGAUACAGUGAUUGUUAUGAAGACUGCCAAUGUCCAGGCCCUUCCAGGAGAAGUCAGCCUGUACAACAGUGACUGGUACUCCUACCAACAUGAUUUAGUGAUGAGGAAGAUGUUCACAGGCAUCAAUGUGGCAUUUGUGGAUGCCUGGGAGAUGACAAUAGCACAUUACCUGCCACAUAACUUACACCCUGAACGAAUCAUUAUAAAAAAUGAAAUAGACAUGUUUCUUUCGUAUGUGUGUCCUUCCAGAAAGAGAUAAAUACUGUAAUAGAUCUGUUCCAAACAGGUUUUAGGAGAACAGAAGUCAUAACACCAUCAAGAGGUCAAGGACAGGCAGAGACCACCCAAACCUGUCCAUAUUGACGAGGAACGAGGUGGAUACCUCAGAGAUGGAGUGCCAGUGCCCAGCUUGUCCCAUG